UCGUGGGCUGCGCCUUCAAAAAAAAAAAAAAAACCACCUGGAAGAGGCUCGCGCGAACGGCACCGCCUUGAGGGCUGGCUCGCUCGUGCGACAGGCGGAUUAAAAAAAAAAAAAAAAAAAAGGCACAAUAAUAUGCAAAUCGGGCUCCGAGGUUCUUGAGUGGUGUCGCCAGCGCGCGAGGGGAACGUUUCUCUUCGCGCCCGGCGGCCAAGUUCUGGCUCGCGCUCCUCCUUCCUCGACGCGGGGCAUGUUCUAAGGAGCGCCGAGCUUGUAGCCCAAGGCCGCCUUUCGGCGCUUCGGCUUCGCGGUUAUGUCUCCCGUCAGCGAGGAGGUGGAAGCGGGGAACGCUCCCUCCGCUCCGCAAGAAAGUGAGUCGGCGGGCGAGGACGAAACGAAAAAGUGGAACGGGGAAUGGUGCCCGCGGGAAGCCUCGCACGCCUCCGGGGUCGCAGAACUGGACUUGGUGGCUGGGCUCGGGGCGACGCAGGGUCCUUCCGAGAAGGAGCAGGGUGAGCCGCCGCUGUUGCAAGGGCACCCGGAGACGGCCGAGCCGCCGGAGGGAGGCUGGGGCUGGGUGGUCAUGCUGGCCUCCAUGUGGUGCAACGGGACUGUCUUCGGGAUCCAGAACUCGUGCGGAAUCCUCUUCAAGUCCUUGCUGACGGAAUUCGGGGACCCCGAAGACGAGCAGCUGAGGUUCAGGACAGCAUUGGUGAAUUCUUUAUCGAUGGGGAUGAUUUUCUUCUGUUCUCCCAUUGUCAGUGUAUUUACCAACAUAUUUGGUUGUCGAAAAGUAGCUGUAGUAGGAGCAGCUGUGGCUUUCGUUGGGCUCCUUUCAAGCUCCUUUGUACGCUCACUUGGACCUCUGUAUUUCACUUACGGAAUCUUGCUUGGCUGUGGCUGCUCAUUUAGCUAUCAGCCAUCCCUGGUCAUUUUGGGACAUUAUUUCAAGAAGCGCCUGGGACUAGUGAAUGGCAUUGUUACUGCCGGGAGUAGUUUGUUUACUAUAACACUGCCUUUUCUUUUAGAUGAACUGGUCAGUUCUGUUGGCCUCUAUUGGACUUUUCGAAUCCUAUGCAUUUUUUUAUUUAUUCUCUUCCUGGCUGGCUUUACUUACAAACCUGUCAUGCCUAAUACCAAACAAAGUGAAAAAGGGAAGAAGUUCAAAUUACCUCCAGCGAAAGAAAUGUGCAAUUUUUACAUUUUCAAAAUUCUGAGUUAUAGAAUCUGGGCUCUGGGGAUUCCAGCUGCUUUAUUUGGAUAUUUCAUACCUUAUGUUCAUCUACUAACCCACGUGAAAGAACGUAUUGGUGAACAUGUUCCAGAUGUGACACUUCUGCUUUGUCUUGGCAUUACUUCAGGAAUUGGUCGACUGGUCUUUGGCAGAAUUGCAGAUUAUAUUCCUGGUGCAAAAAAGGUUUAUCUACAGGUGAUAUCCUUUUUUUUAAUUGGCCUGAUGUCUAUGAUGAUCCCGUUAUGCAAAUCCUUUGAAGCUCUUAUUGUUGUCUGCCUUAUCAUGGGCCUUUUUGAUGGAUGCUUCAUUUGUAUCAUGGCACCCAUUGCUUUUGAGUUAGUUGGUGCACAUCAUGUUUCUGAAGCAAUUGGAUUCCUUUUGGGCUUGAUGUCUAUACCAAUGACAGUUGGCCCACCUAUUGCAGGAAAGUUACGGGAUCUCCUAGGCACUUAUGAUGUGGCAUUCUACCUAGCAGGAGUUCCACCUAUUAUUGGAGGAGCUAUAUUAUGUGCUAUCCCAUGGGUGCAUGAAAAGAGGAAACACAAAGAACAAGCUACACCUGUGAAUGGAGAAACCACAGAAAAAAUGCUGGAAAUCAUCCCCUCCCCUGUAUCGGACUCGUAUGAGAAACCUAGCAAAGAAUCAGAAACUGUUAUUUAAUAUUGCUAUUUUUUUCUACCAGAUUGAAUUUAUUUUUAUAAAAUUAUGUAGCUUUCUGUUUAUAAACGAGUGAUCAUGAUCAUGCUUAUUGGCAAAGCUAUGACGAGCAGUGUGGAAAUAGUAUCAAGAAAUCUUUUCAGCUGUUUUUGGUUGCAUUUACAAAAUACGUUUCCACUUUUAUAUGACCAAUGUUAUAACUGAAUAUAUGCUAGUGAAUGUGUAGGUAGAGAUAUAUGAAUGUAUAUUUGGGAGUCAAUAUCUGUCCUGUUUUAUCAGCUGAUUUCCUCCCAAUCCCUUCACUUUUAUAAUCUGUCCAGCAGAGUGAUUCAGCUGGAAUUUUUAAUAGCAUCUAGUGGUUUUAAAACUAUUACUGCUAAUUUUUAAAAGUUCCGGGGAUGUAGAUUCAGAAUUUUUUAAAUUGUGGUAAUUGUUUUGCAAAAUGAGAUCUGCUCUAUAGAGUGUUACCAAGUUCAAUAAUUUACAAUGCCUCAUUGUGUGAUUUGCUUCUUGGUGAAGUUUUGGCCUUGUUUGAUUCAGUCCAUGGUAUAUUGCUUCUGAAGGGAAUAUAAGGUCCAGCUUAAUCCAAAUGCAUACCAAUACCUAACACCGUGAUGGUGAACCUAUGGCACGCGUGCCAGAAGGUGGCACUCAGAGCCCUCUCUGCUGGCACGCGCGCUGUCACCCAAGUCAGAUCUCCGUGGCGUUUCUUUCGUGAGCUUCUGUCCCUGCAAAUGAUGAAACAGAAGCUCACGAAAGAAAAAGAUCUUACCUCUUGUUGCACUGCCGGUGUUGGGAUGCCCUGCCUCCCUGGUCAGCUAGUCUUCAGAUCUCUGCUGCGCAUGCAACUGUGCACGCACAUGUGUGCAUGUGCAUGUCUGUGUGCACAUGCACACACCUUUCAUUUUGGGAUGCGCGCACACAUAGUUUGGGCACUCGGUGUCUAAAAGGUUCACCAUCACUGACCUAACAUAACUUACAAUUACAGCAUUUAUUUUUAUAAUAUUGAUAUGUACAGGAUAAAACAGAAUAUUAUAAAUGCAAUACUGACACUUAUUAGUUUUUUGUAAAUUUUCUGUUGCUUAAAAUUUAAUAGUUCCAUUCUGUAUUGCUUCCUGUCUCAAUAUAGAUAGUACUAUAGUAAAGUUAGGGCUAUUUCAUACCAAAUAGUUCAAUUAAAGGCUGGUUUUUUUUUCAUGUGUAUAUGGGAAAGUAUGUGCUGAAACACAUGACCAUCGUGUCAUUUAGUGCCUAGGAAUUAUAGUUCAAGCAAUUAUUUGUUAAUAAGGUUUUAAAAUUACAGGUAGUCCUCACCUUAUGACCAUAACUGGGAUUGCAACUUUUGUUGCUAAGUAAAGCAGUUAUUAGAUAAGUCAUGCCCAAUUUUAUGACCUUUUUGCCAUGAUUGUUAAGCAAGUCACAUGGUCAUUUAGUAAAUCCGGCCUCACCCAUUGACUUUGCUGGUUAGAAGCCCCCUAUGAAGGUUAUAAAUGAUGAUCACAUGAAGCAGGACACUGUACCUGUCAUAAAUACAUGCCAGUUGCCAAACACCCCAAUUUUAAUCACUGUGGGGAUUCUACGAUGGUUGUAAAUGUAAGGACCAGUUGUAAUUCAUUUUUUCCAGUGCCUUUGUAACUUCAAGUAGUCCCUAAAGAAAUGGUCAUAAGUCAAGGACUAUCUGAACAUAUGUUAAGUACACUGACGUGAAUUUUUCAGUUAUAUUUGCAUGUUUUUAUUAUUGAUUCAGAGUUCAGCAAUUUUACAUGUGAAAUGCUUUCUCUGUUGUUUUAUUUUCAAAUCAAAAGAUAUAUUUAAGAUAGCAUUAAUUAUUCAAGUUUCAGUAUUGCCGUGCAUUUCUCUGGUCCUUCCUGUGCAAUAGCACAAUUAUUAAAAAUAACAAUCCUGUGGAUGAAGGCCAAUUCUAAUUCUAUCUUGCUCAGGUCCUGUGCUCUGUACCAACAGCAGAAACAAGCAGGAUAGAUACUGAGAAUGACAUGGCAACACCCACAUGGGUUAUCUCUCAGUAUUUUGAAAUUAAAGCUGCAUUUGGCUGAAUAGAUGUGGUACCUUUCCAUGUCUUGCCGUAUUCUAUCCUUUUUUCUCAAUAGACACAUUUUGCAGAAUCCAGUUCAUCUUGGCAGCUCCUUAGACCUCCAGCUGAAGGAUGUAAACUGACCAUCAAUUAUGUACUAUGUACAUACUCAUACUUUUUUUCACCUGCAGUAAGCAACAUUAUGCAGUGUGCAAAAUAAGAAAUAGUGAGCCCGUCAAAUUAAAGCCUCAAGAUAAGAAAACAUGUGACUAAAUCUGAUUUAGUUUCAUGCUAAAGUAUUUCAUCACUUCAAAUCAUUUCACUCUCCACCUAGUCUCCAAAGAACUUUAAGAAGCAAUGAAUGUUAACUAAUCAAGGAGAGAACCAACCUAGAACUAAAGAGAAAUUUCCUGACAGAACAAUUAAUCAGUGGAAUGACUUGCCUCCAGAAGUUGUAAAUGCUCCAAUGCUGGAGGUUUUUAAGAAGAGAUUGGACAACCAUUUGUCUGAAAUGGUAUAGAGUUUUCUACUUGAGAAGGCGAUUGGAUAGAAGACUUCCAAGGCCCCUUCCAACUCUGUUAUUACGUUAUUCUAUUUGAGAAUAGAAUGGUAUUUGACCAUUUUCACCCACUUCUAAAAUAAUCUUUUUAGUUCCAUCAAAGCUUUUCCUCUGCCUUUUUCAUUCUUGAGUGCUUCUUGCUCAAUUUGACUACAUUUUUUCAGCUAUAUAUUUUCCUUUUUACAUUAUAAAUCUAUCAGCUACACUUUUUAUACUUUCUAUUAGCAUUAUAUCACAUACUUCUGCGGCACUCAAUGAUUGAUUACUUAUGCGCCAUCAAGUGAGUGUUGACUCUUAUCAGCCAGAUAGAUACAUUUUCUCCAUGACAGCCUGUCUUAACCUGAUCUUUCAGCAUCAGUGUUUUCGUUCUAUUCCAGUGUCUAGAUCCUUUCACCUUAUCUACCCUUUUCAUUCAUAUUUUUCAUGGAGGACUUAUUAUCCUACUGGGGUCAUUCUAGUUUCAGUCAUAUUUUGUUUUAGGGUUUCCCCAUUAAGUUCUCUUUUCCCUCAAAUCCAUUCUUUACACUAUUCAAAAAUGGUGGUAGUUUCAUAAACACAACCUCUCUACAUCCUUACAUUCUUUACUAAUUCUCUUAACCUUUCAUCAUAAUCAUUUUUGCACAUGAAUAUAUUUACAUUUAAACUACAUAUUUGAAAAAGAUUUUUCUAAGCAGACAUUUACCAGUUACCAUCCUCAUUUGUUCUUGGGUCUCUGAAUUGCUCAUUUAGUUUUUUGUGUUCUCUCACCUUGUUCAAACCCAUCCAUUGAUGGUACCCAACAAAAUAAUUUUUCCUACAUCAUAUUCAUUCACAACAUCGCACAAUUUUACUAAAACUCAUCGCUGGCAUGUACACCAUUUACUAGAGCUAUUGUCAACCUACAGAAUAUUAAUUUUAUAAAUAUAACAUUUUUUUGACAGCAAUUCAUCCUUUCUGACAUAGAUUUUAGCUUUCAUUUGUCAUUAUAUCUCCUCUGCAUGUAUUCAUCAACCCCAGAAUAUUAGAGUAAUUUCACUCACUUCUUGAUUUUUGUUUGGUUUAAGAAAAUCCUGUCCAGAAUGAGACACUUUGUCAAUCUGCUGGCAUUGAGACCUAACAAACUACCAUAUCCUCCCACUGCCAAUUCUCUCUUGCUGAAGUACUAUCUCCCAUUUUUAUGUUCUAGGAAAGUAUCUAAUUCCUUUUUCUGGGUGGGUUUUACUGGGCAUAUGAAUAGAUAGAAGAAAGAUAAGAUAGGCAGAAUUGAUAAAUACAAAGUUGAAGCAUCAAAAUGCCUAUACAGACACAACAACUAGAAUUAAAGUAAAUUCAUACUAUUCUGUUGGUCUCCAACAUCCUUUAGAGUUAAUUUUAGCAAGAAUGCUGUAUUAGCAGCUUCGCCAUUUUUACAGUCAUGAAGUAGAAAGCAACCCUUUGGACCUGAGGGUUAAAUCCUACUACCCUAAGUGACUGGAAAAAUGAAAAUUGUUGCAAUCUCACAGGGAAAUAUAAAUGACUCAGGGGAAUAAAAACAGUAAUUAAAUACAAGGUUCCAAACCAGCAACCUUCUACCAUAUUUGUUAACAGUGUUAUAAACACUGUACUAUUGUAGCAUUCCUGGUGAAGAUGGUUCUGGAACACGCACAGAGUAACCAUUGAUUCAGCUGUGAGGGUCACUCUUGCCUUUAAGAUGUAGCCAAUGAAGUGCUGGGAUUAGUAUUAAAGGACAUCAGCCAAAGCAGACAGGAGUGCCUGGUAACAGGGGAACAGGGCAGGGCAAAUAAGCCCUUAGUUUCACAGACAUAUAACAUACCUAUAUUUGCUUUUUUCAUUUAAUCAAUUAAUCCAUGCUCUUUAUCAUUUACUCUUAUAUUCCAAGUCACAAUCUAACAUAUGUUGUCACUAGAUGAGCCCAUAACAACUCAUCAAUACCACUCUACUUGUAUUUCUAAAAAAAAUAUAACCAAAGCCAUUUUACACUAAAUGCAUACAUGCUAUGUGAUGCAAGCUAAAUUAUCUACCGUUUAAGAGACUAGCUUGCAUGCCAACAUACUGUUGCUUGCAUCCCACUAAAUAAAAGAGAUAUAAUAUUUUAGCACACAUUCAGCAACUGCAUACCACUCAGCAAAAUCCUAGCAAGACCCAGAUUGCUGUGGCCUCCAGUUCUGGUGACCUAUUUAGUGGUGGUCUUGGACUUUUGGCUCCUGCUCGAGAAGUCAUCUUGUGCACCAAUUGAAUUGAAAAACUGUCUGUUUCUCUGGGCAUUGGGUAUUAUGAUUAUACAAGGUAUUUAAUCAUUUUUCAGUGGUUUAUAAUUUUGGUUUGGCUUCAUUUUUUUCUAUUUUCUGUUGUUUUAUCUAGUUCCUGUUUCUUGUUUUACUUGUAUGUCGCAAUCUCUGAAUUGGGCUGCCAUAUCCAGUAAAUUGAUUAUCUAAAUAAAUGUGAUCAUUACAGCAUCUUUGUCUUUCUAGUGUUUUUUAGCUCCAGGACUCUUGUGAGGCACAGAAAUGUAGCAAGUGAACUUAAAUGGCUUCUUCAAAGGAGAUUCAAAAGCACUGAACAGGCGAAGAUUACCUCUGUAUUUACCAAUAAAAGAUACCCAUGGAAUGGCUUCUGUUAUUUUUGCUUAUUUAUUAGAAACAGCAAGGAGGUGCUUCAAUCAAUUUUAUGCUAUGUUUAUGGAAGAGGAACAUAUACAAUAAAGAAUUUCAUUUCUGA